GUGUGUGCGUGUGUGUGAGUGUGUGUGUGUGUGUGUCUGUGCACGCGCGUGUGGAACCUGGGUACCGGGCGCGGGUGCCCCGCUGCCUUCCACACCCUGCCUGCUCCGCGGCUCCUUCCUCGCCCCUCUCCCGCACCGCGGGCUGCCAUCGCGAGAGAAGGCCGCGGGACACAGGUGUGCUAGGCUUGCGGGACCGCUGGAGACAAAGGGGGCGCGGAGGUGAGCCCGCCAUGGCCUCCCGGAGCCUGGGGGGCCUGAGCGGGAGCCGCGGCGGCGGCAAGAAGAGCCUGAGCGCCCGCAACGCUGCGGUGGAGCGGAGGAACCUGAUCACCGUGUGCAGAUUUUCUGUGAAGACCCUGAUUGAUCGGUCUUGCUUUGAAACAAUUGAUGAUUCUUCUCCUGAAUUUAAUAACUUUGCAGCUGUUCUGGAACAAAUUCUAAGUCACCGGCUAAAAGGUCAAGUAACCUGGUUUGGCUAUGAAAGCCCUCGUAGCUUCUGGGAUUACAUCAGAGUGGCUUGUCGGAAAGUUUCACAAAACUGUAUCUGUAGUAUUGAAAAUAUGGAAAAUGUCAGUUCCUCCAGAGCUAAGGGUAGAGCCUGGAUCAGAGUAGCACUCAUGGAAAAACAUUUGUCUGAAUACAUCUCUACAGCUUUGAGAGACUUCAAAACAACCAGGAGGUUUUAUGAAGAUGGAGCCAUCGUCUUGGGUGAAGAAGCAAACAUGCUUGCUGGCAUGCUGCUUGGACUCAAUGCUAUUGACUUCAGCUUCUGCCUAAAGGGAGAAGGAUUGGAUGGCACCUUCCCUGCUGUAAUAGACUAUACACCAUACUUGAAGUUUGAGCAAAGUUCUGACAGCAUCAGCAGUGAUGAGGAGGAGCUCAGGACGUUUGGGAGCAGUGACAGUGAGGGCAGCACCCCAGAGAACGUGGGGCCGCCUCUCAUCAUGGACGAGAACAGCUGGUUCAACAAGUGCAAGAGAGUGAGGCAGAAAUACCAGCUUACCCUGGAGCAGAAGGGUUAUCUUGAAGAACUCUUACGUCUUCGUGAGAACCAACUUUCUGAAUCUGUCUCUCAGAAUAAAAUACUACUUCAGAGGAUCGAAGAUUCUGAUCUGGCCCACAAAUUGGAGAAAGAACAGUUAGAAUAUAUCAUUGUGGAGCUUCAAGAUCAGCUGACUGUACUAAAGAAUAAUGAUUUAAGAUCAAGACAAGAGUUAACUGCCCACCUCACCAAGCAGUGGCCUUCCCCAGGAGCCCUGGAUGUCAAUGCUGUUGCCUUGGAUACCUUGCUUUACCGAAAACACAAUAAACAGUGGUAUGAUAAAAGUUACCAAAGCCUUGACCAGUUAUCAGCAGAAGUUAGCCUUUCUCAGGCCUCAUUGGAUCCCAGCCACUCACAAGAAGGAGAUGGAAAGCAAGACUCAUUGAAUUUCAUCGGUGAAGGUAAAGAAGAUACUCCCUCACUUCUUGGUCUUUGUGGGUCACUAACAUCAGUGGCAAGUUACAAGUCCCUAACAAGCCUAAAAUCCAAUGACUGCCUUGCAAGCCCCACCACGGAGGUAACAAGCCCAGGCCUGACUCCAUCCUGAAAGACUAUGCGAAAACCCAAAGUUUCUGUAUUGUAAAUAUUCUGUUUACAUAAGUUUGGAUGCUGGGGAGAUCUUUGAAAUUUUAUAUUCUGGUACAUGCGUGACAUUUUGUUGUUUGGAGAUUUCAGUCCAACCCAUGUAAAGUUCUGAGGGAAAAGCAUAGUAGUCCCUUAUUUUUCUUUUUAAAAUAUUACAUUUGUCACUGAGGAUGUUUAAAGUUGAAUAGGCUUUAAAAAUCAUACAAAGAUUGUCUGAAUUCAUUAUAAAUUGUACAUAGUUGUUAUUCAACUGAUUUUUUUAUAUUUGUUUAAAUGAGUCUUGGUGUCUAGAGACCAGGUCCAGGUUUUAUUCCAGAGACUUAAGCUUAGCAGUUUCUUUCACUCCUUUAUUUAGUGGUUAAAUUUGCACAAAAGGCAACUAGCUAGUUCCAUUAAGUACUUCCUGCACUCCGAUGUCUGUAACAUGUGGUAAGGGGAAGUUCCAGCCCUGACCAGCAGCUCUGUAAGCUUUCCUUUAUCAUUUGGCACCAACUUUUAGCAUCUCAUAAAUUUUGUAGAAAUGUGCCUUUUUAGGCGGUUGCUGACUUAAUUUGUAAGGUAUGGAGGAAAACCAUUUUAUAUAUAAGAAAAUAAAUGCAUUUCUUAGACUUAUUUUCCCAGGUGUGCCUAAGACAUUGGAAACAUUUCAAAAUACAGAACAAAUGUUGGCACGGUGAUACUAACAUCAGAAGUUUUCAUUUUAAUUAGUGAUUUGAGAACUUUAAAAGAAAAACUCCUGAGUGACCAGGAUAUCUGACUGGAUCGAUAUUUGGGCUACAGUGCUGUUUUUCCUGUGUGCAACAGAGUUACAUACUGGCAUUACCACUAUGCCAUGAGUUCUCAUUGUUCGUUUAAAAUUCUACACUUCUGCAGAAAAACAGAUUUUCUUUAAAUAGCUGUGUUUCAAAUUUUUUUUACAGUUUUGAAACAGCUACACAUCUCUAAAAAUUCCACCAUAUUGAAAAUGAACAUAUAUGAAGUGUAUAUUCUAUAGUAAGGCAUAGGAGAAAAACAUGUGUGCCAAAGACGUUUCCUAUGCUGUUUCAUGAAAGAGCCACAGUGCUCACUCUUGUCUGUUGAUUUUUAUGUUUAAACCUAGCAGCUGUGGCAUGUAGGAAGUACAUCCCUCACUCCUAAAAAGCUUCCUGGGGAAAGCUGAACUCACACUUUCACUCCUUGUGUCCAAAGUGUAGGUGUGGGAGGUUCUCAGAAAUGCUUGGAGCUUAGUCUCAUGGUGUGGAAUCAAUCGAUAGUACCAUGGCCAGUGUCACAUGUGAGGCAGUGCAGACACUAAUCUCUCAGGCAAAGGAGGCCUGGAAGCUCAGCAUAGACAUUGCAUUGGAUGGCUCAGAACAUACUGACGGACAGCUUUCUUCCUGUAGCUGAUAUAUUAAAGCAGGGCACCUCCAACUGCUCAGAACUAUGUACACCAUGUUAAGAGUACAGUGGCCAAAGCCACUUUUAAGUAGUGUCAGCAAUAGCAAGUGAAGACAGCAGGCCUGCAGGAGGCUGCAUGGGGACUGGACAGUCGUGAGAGCGUUGGGAAUUUAGGCUGGUCAUGGGCACGCCUCUACGUUCCUAAGAACUAUCAAAGUGUUUACUGCUCUAUCACCAUGGCCAGCUCUCACCUGUCAUUUAUGAUUUUUUUCAGAUAUAAAGCCUUGGUAAGAUUUUUUCAUACAUUUUUAUAAAGUAGAAGGGAAUACAAGAUUGCCCAGUUGGUACACUUUUUUAGAUCUGUCCAAUAGAAACACUAGUUUGUGACAUAUUCCUGCUGCAACCGCAGACUGAGACCUGACACGGAGCAUCAUGACUCCCCUCCAUUCUUGGAGCUCCUGAUGGAGAGCCCACCUGCUGCUGUGGAGCCCAAGUUUCUACAGCCCGUCUCCAGCUAGAUGCACUCUGAACGCUUGCAUGGGUGCGCAGCGUCGCGGGCUUUCAUUUUCAGUGGUCCUGUUUAUUUUUCAGAACCCCACAAAGAAUGCUGGCUUAUGUCUAUCUUUCCAUCUGUAUUUUGUUGCCUUGAUGUACUACAUUUGUUGCAUGUAUAUUAAAGAUUUUUAACCAUA